CCGGAAUUGUGUCAGCUAACGUGAGCUACAACAAGCUAAAGCAAAGCGGCUCGGUUGGCCGCCUUGACAAGCGAUAAUAUACCGUCCAAAGACAGGAAUAAUUCAUUUAAAAACAUAUAACGGAACACAAAACAACACUUUUAUACGUGAGAAGCCGUCUCACGUGUCAGGUGACGAUUACCUCUUCCCUGACUCUUACCUCCACUGUGUGAUCGCAGCCAUUGAAUUAGUGGGACCUAAUAACACCUGCAGACAGAUGACCAGCGGACCUCACCGGUCAACAUGAAUCCCGUCAGCUAUCAAAGCAUGCUGACGUCUGUGAACGGUGGGCAUCCCAGUUUGGUUUUGGAUCGUGUUCUGAACACUUCAAAUGUGAGGUGUUGUCAGAAAUGUGGAUUUGCUUCUACAGAUGCUGCGUUGUUCAAGAAGCAUUUGACUGAGCAUAGGGGGACAACCAGGUUUUACUGUUUUUAUUGCAACAAAGUCUCAUUCAGUGAGGCAGAGUUAAACGCUCACCUGAAGCAACACAAUUCAAAGUAUCCAUUUAAAUGUCCUCACUGUGGACAGGGCUAUAUGAGGAGGCUGUGCCUUGUGAAGCACAUUGAGCGUUUGCACAGCACAAGCGUUAGUAAAGGACCUGGUGACCCUGGCACGACAAAAACUCAACAUGUUUCUGUGUCCAGUGCAUUAUCAAGUGUGUCCACUGCUGAUCCAUCACCACUUCGACCAACUGUUCGAGUAGCAGUACCUGCCCUGAGUGCAUCUGCAGUCAGACUGGGUAAAGAUGAACAGAGAGGAAAAACACUGGAAACAAAUGUAUCAAAUGCCACAAAUGGUAAUGCAGAGCUUUUGACCCCCUUUAAUGGACUCAUUCAGCACAACAGGGCUCUGACGGUUUCCCUUCCAGAGGAAGUAACGAUCCCUGCUGGCUGUUUGGUUGAACUCGUUGAGGUAAAAACUGUUAAUGGGACAAAGGAGCUAAAGCUGAGGCUUGUCUCUCAACAAGAAAACAAGUCUGUGAUUAAAGACACGAGGACCACAGUCUCUCAAAACACUACACUGGGAAAGCCAUUCUUAUCUGCAUUAAAUCAUCCAAACACAGUGAAGUCUAUGAGUAUGGGAAUGUGCACAGUUAACAGGAAACAGUGUGACACAAAGACUGUGAACGUGGAGCGUCCUGCAGUUGUCCCAGUCAAUAUUUCCAAAAACAUCCCGAAUCAAGUAAGCAAGGAAAAAGGGGGAUUGAAAAGAACAUCACAAGAAAUAAUCAACUUGGAAUGUCAAACAGUCAUUCCAAACAAGGUUCCCAAAAGCAUCCUCAAUCCUGUAAGAGAAGGAAAUAGUGGGAUCAAAGUUCCACAGAGGGAGCCCGUCAACCACAGUGCAGCUCUGCCCUCUGUCAUCUCCAACACGGUUGUCAACAGGUUGACUCACACCCUGCAGCCAGAGAACAUGGGAGCAUGUGUUUCUCAGAGAGCAAUGGAUAAGAGAAAUAAUUUAAUUCCAGAGCAUUCCAAGAGUAUCCCACCCCGAAGGGCAAGUGACAUAAAAAUCAUUCCUCAAGAUGCGUCGGUGGCUGUUAAGCAGGAACCUGGGGAGAUGCUCCUCAAGAACACCGCUUCUUUAAAAAAGAAGAAAGAGGCAGUGGGCUCAAACCAGCAAAAAUCAACUUCUCCCUCCUUGAGUGUUCUCUUAGCUGCAGCGGCCCAAGUGAGACCUCCAGCGACUUUAGUUUGUAAGGAUAAUGUCGCAUAUCCAUCUUCUUCAAUGCCCAGGACUCUAAAUGAGCCCUCAUCGGUCAAAACACAGGUGCUUUCCAACCGCACAAAUACAAAGAUGUCCACUUGGACACAGGAAGUAAGAUCCAAUGAGAGAGCCGGAGAAGGAGACACGCUAGAGCCCGAGGGUUUUCCCAUCAUCUCGUCUGUGUUUUCAUUAAGUCAACAACCAGAGGACGUCCAAGGCUCCAUGCAGCCACUGGUUAUGGCUCUGCGUGGUAUAGUGAUGAAUAAAAGUAACAGUUCUGGUAGUGCAGCUCAAGAUCACAUCAAGAUGAACGGCACAGAGCAGGGGAAGGAGGCGGGUUUCUGUGCUCAGGCGGCCACAAAAGAUGGAUCCAUCAUCCGCAAGCUUUUAUUGACAGAGAGGACCAGUGAGUCCGUCAAAGUAGAGGAGCCGGAUACGGGUAUUCAACAGCCUCCUGCACUGACCCACAACCAUGUCCAUAUCAAGGAGGAAAAAAACAGCGCGACGCCAACAGACGACAAGAACCGCCAUCACACUCCUGCUUCACAAUCUUCAACAGAUGAGGAAUCGGUUUCCAAAAUUGCUGCACAUGUAAAUGCACCUGAGACUGCAGAGCCUCUACGGCGAAUGGCACAAAGGGAGAACGACAUCUCAAAGUUCCUGACUGUCUCUCUGAAAAGGGUGCAAGUAGGCGUGUGGAAGAGAACCAAGAAGGGACUGAAACUUAGAAUAUCCAAGUACAAGACUCAGAUACCUGUGGGCAGACUAACGGAUUGCACAGUCAUUUACCCGAUGCCACUGAAGGUGGACCAACUGGUGAAACGGCCGGGCCCCAACCAGCCUGUGGUGGUGCUUAAUCACCCAAAGCCUCGGGCCUCCAUUCAGGGAGCGAGAGCAGACGCCUUUGCAGACACAGGAGCCUCUAAUGGAGCUCCAAAGUGCCAAAUCUUAAAAAUGAGGCUGAGCAAAGUGAUGGGGCAGAAGUAUGAAGUGAUGGGGUGCACUGUUGGAGUCUUUCCAUGAAUUUAUCAGACAAUGUGUCAGUGGACAGAAGUGUACAUUUAUGAGAAAAUAAGUAGUAUUACAAUGGGAAGAUGUUGACUUAAUGUUAUUUUCUCAAUGGGAGCACACCAUUUAAAAAGAGUUGACAUCUGAUUAUCGGUGAACAUUGUGGUAUACAUACAGUAUGUUAAUAUAGGUAUGGGAUAUGGAAUGUUUAAGUGCAAUGAAAGGGAACAUGGACCAUCUGCUUGAGUAAAUUGCAGUCAGUAAUACACAGAUGUUAGAUAACUGUUUUAAAGACGUUUGAGAAAGCAGUAAGUCUGUCAGAGUUGAGGCAUUAAUGCAUGCUGUUUACUUAAAAAGGAUUACAUACUGUAUUUUUUUUUUUGUUUGCAUCAGUAAUGAUUUGCUUUUCAUCUGGCUCCUCUAAGAUACAACCUGAACUAGGGAAAGUACAGCUGAGAGUAUCAAAUCUUUGUGUAGAGUAUAAUCAAUGUCAUAAAUAAAUACAUGUAACAUGCACGGCUCCCAGUUGCAAUGAUGGAAAACCCCGUGGUGGAUAUUAAGUAACAAGGAAAUGUUUGGUUUGUGAUGAAGUGUAUUUGAAAGUUAGAUGUUGUUGAUUAUGGGUGAAAGCUAACUUUCAAUAUUUAGCACAAACAAUAUACCAUGAAAACAUGUCUUAUUAGAGUGAGACUCCCCAU